AUGGAGGACGAGGCGUUGAAUAAAACCGAGAAGCCACAGCUUCGCAAGGACUCGCUGAAAAGUGCCAAGGAUGAGGGUACGAACGGGGACGCGGCCAACGGUGGUGGCGGUGGGGGUGACAUCGUCCUCAAGCCAAAGAUGACGCUCGUCAACGGUAUCACUGUGAUCGUGGGGUCCAUCAUUGGGUCCGGCAUUUUCGUCUCACCGACCGGCGUCCUGAUCAACACGGGCAGCGUCAACAUGUCGCUGAUUGUGUGGAUUCUGUCGGGGCUUUUUUCGAUGGUUGGUGCGUACUGCUACGCGGAGCUGGGUACGAUGAUCAAAAAGUCCGGUGCCGAUUACGCGUACAUCAUGGAAACGUUCGGUCCGUUUCUGGCGUUUAUCCGGCUCUGGAUCGAGUGCAUGAUCGUGCGUCCUUGCUCGCAAGCCAUCGUCGCCCUCACGUUCAGCGUGUACGUCCUGAAACCGUUCUUCCCCGAAUGCCAACCACCGGAGGAUGCGGCCCGCCUGCUUGCCGUCUGCUGCAUCCUGGUGCUGACGUUCAUCAACUGCUGGGACGUGAAAUGGGCGACGGCCGUCCAGGACAUCUUCACCUACGCGAAGCUGCUCGCUCUGUUCGUCAUCAUCGGUGCCGGCGGUUACUUUCUGUUCCAGGGCCACACGGAACACUUCACGUUCGAUAACACCAAGACCGAGGUAACGUCACUGGCAUUGUCCUUCUACUCGGGCCUGUUCGCCUAUAACGGCUGGAACUAUUUGAACUUCAUCAUCGAGGAGCUGAAGGACCCGGUGAAGAACCUGCCCCGUGCCAUCGCCAUUUCCUGCACGCUCGUCACGGUUGUGUACGUGUUUACCAACGUGUCCUUCUACACCAUCCUGUCGCCGGAAGAGGUGCUCGGUUCGGAGGCGGUCGCAGUCACUUUCGCCGACCGGGUGUUUGGCAUGUUUGCGUGGACGAUACCGGUGUUUGUCGCCUUGUCGACGUUCGGAGCGGUGAAUGGCAUUCUGCUUACCUCUUCCCGGCUGUUUUACGCCGGUGCCUGCGAAGGCCAGAUGCCGGAAAUCCUUACCAUGAUCCAAAUCCAGCGUCUCACACCGACACCGGCGGUGCUCAUCAUGGCGCUGCUGUCCAUGCUUUAUCUGACGGUUUCCGACAUAUUCGCGCUGAUUAACUACGUCGGAUUUGCCACUUGGCUGAGCAUCGGCGCCGCCGUUUUGUGCCUUCCGUGGCUUCGGUGGAAGCAGCCCAAGCUGAACCGUCCGAUCAAGGUGAACCUUAUCUUCCCCAUCCUGUAUCUGAUCGCGACCGUCUUCGUCACCGUCGUGCCGAUGAUUGCCAGCCCCGUCGAGACCGGAUACGGGUGUCUCAUGAUCCUGACCAGCAUCCCCGUCUACUGCAUAUUUAUCGCGUGGCGAAACAAACCGAAGUGGUUCAACCGCUCGAUGGUGGCACUGACGCGGUUCCUCCAGAAAAUGCUCAUGGUCGUAGGAAAGGCCAAACCAGCUCAGGUUUAAACAUGUACGCAUUAAAAGAUCAUCAAAAAGAUGCCAUUGUUGUCUCGACGCCGACCAAAAUACAAAAGGACACGCAUACAACAUUCCGCAGGGGACUAGCAAGGACAUGAAUGAUAAGGGAUGUUUCGAGUCCUUGUUCGCCGAUAUUUUAAUGUGUUUUGUUUUGUAAACAAUCCUUCCUGAAGGCUGUUGAAUUGUAAUUGUUUUUAACUAUUCUGUAACAUUUAAUUGUUUGACUCCAGUCUUUUUAGAGUGUUUUCUAAGUAAACCGAUAAAAGCGCAUGAACGGAAAAAUUGAUGAAGAAAUAACCAUUUAUCUCACGUACAAUUGUGCUACGUUUCGCACAGAUAUCUCACCCAUACUAUGUUUGGAAGUUCAAGAUACGUCAAGAAAUUAGAAAUUCAGCAAAAAACUUAUCAUGAAACCUCCCAAGCAGCUGGGAAAAACAGUUUCCUACGUUGUGGCAUUUGCAUUCCUCUUCAUGAGCCUGUUACGAAAAGCGGAUAAAAGUUACUUCUUGUUUGCGGCACUUCCUUUCGCUGCAUUUCAGUUGGACCUGCAGUGCAGUAUGUCCGGACAAGAUUUAUUCCACCUUCCAUUACGGUCAACGAAAGGCACAUAUCAAUAUUUUAAUCGGAUUGAGUACGUUCUGUCGAAAUCAAAAUGGUGCUUGCUUGCGUUAUUAGCAUUAUUCUCUUUUGAGCGCUACUCUACGGAGGUAAAAUAUUAGCGAACGCAGUCAGUGUGCUUGGUAUAUUCGAAAACAAACCAAUUUAAUCGAAAAAAAGGAACACAACUACUAAAACUUGGUUUGCAUCCCUGCAAUACCAGUUGCAUGAAACGUAUUCAAAUUAUAGCUAAAAGACUAUGUCGUUUAAAAGUUAGAAUUGAUUUACACGGAGCUUCCAUGGGCCUGGUUUCUAUCGGCUGGGUGAUCAGCAUCGUUAGACCGGUGGCGGUAAAUUAAAGGACAGCUGAAAAAAGAAAUUCUGGUGCACACGUGUUGCGAAAACGUGUAAUCACAAGCUCUAGCAAGCGCGUAAAGGAAGUUGAUCAUGCAAGGGAAAAAAACGCACACGCAAAGAAUGAGCUAUGUUGUUGACAAUAAUAGGCACAAAUUCGCAAAACGCAUAACACGCCGAGGAAACUGGCUGUCGAAUAAAUGUAUUAUCAUACUCAAUCAUCAUGCUCGAAUAGAGAAUAUACCGUUAGGUGUCAUAUAGUUCUAUAUGUAUAUAAGAUAACUGAAGGCAUAAAGCAACCCGCAUAUACAUCCUCAAAAUAUUUAUGAAACAAAAAAGAAGAACUACAAAAGCUUUGAAGGAGAUAUAAAGCCAGGCAGAGAAAACGGAAAAGAGAAAAUUCCGAAGGCGGAACGAGGAGAAGAAGGGUUCCACUAUUGCGAGAAAAUAGCGAUGUAUCAGUGUAAUGUAAAGUAUUGUCAAAUAUACCCAAAACUCAAUCACAUCUUGCAUUUCCGAAGCCAAUUUGUGGAAAGAAUUCGACAGAUUUUAUUG